UGUUUGUACUAAGCGAGCGUGGAAGGGAUGGAAGCACAAGCCAAGAGGGUGUAAACUGGGCCUGGAACCGAACCUGAGGCAAGAACCGAACCGGCAGAGUCCACGACCUCUAGUCGCGGUCCCCUGAAGUUUUUGUGUGGAGCUCUGCGGUUACACAGGAGGGUCAUGCCGAGUACAACCGAGUCUAAUGUCCCCCUGCAUCGCUAUAAAGCCAAGCACUGUUACAAUGACUGCACCGACAGCGGGUACUCGGGUUUGUUCCAGAGCCCAGGGAGCACCACUGGAGUCUCCUUUACAUCAACAUCUCCAGCAGAAUUCAUUGAAACUCCUAAAGAAAACCUUAAGCUUAUUGCCUCUCCUAAAGAGAGAGUCGGAGACUCCAGGGAAGUACCACAGUCAUCUGCCAUCAGCUGGUGUGAAACUCCAAAAGUAUAUAAAAGAGAUGCUUCGCUGCGACACAGACUUGUAUUCUGCAAACCCACUACAGUCAGUGGUGCACAAUCACCUUCUACCUCAAAUACUGAAUCCACCUGUGGUGUCAGGUCUGAACAGUGGCUCAGUGCAUCCUUUGACUCAUUAGACCUUCUGACUGUCGGGGCAUCGAACACUGUAAAACUGGACCAGGAUCUGUCUCUUUCCGUCAGGAAACGCCAUCUCUUCACACAAGUGAGGACCUCCACUGUAAAAGAUGGCAGACUCGACAUUUGUAACCUGUCCUCCUUUGAAAGAAGUGUUUCCCUCACAGAGACAGAAUUCAGUGGAGACGUUUCAGCCUCCGAUCAUCUGGAUCCAAAUGCUCCAGGGUUGCUGCCUGUUAUACCGCUAGAAAGCAGUGUCACUAAUAUCCUCUAUGACUGCGCACGUGGUUUCUGCACACCAACGUUGGCACAAACGCCCAAAUACAUCAGGUAAAUAUCUGUGGACAGUGGGUUCAGUUCACUGACUCUUGAUAAAUCCCAAGACUCCUCGUUGGAUCAGGACGGCUCCUUCCAGGAGCUGCUGCUUUCUUCUUCCAGAGGAAACGACGAACCUCAAAGUGUGUCCGUUACUAAACGUCGCUCCCGUUUGCAGCGACAGCAUAGACUUUCUACUCUUAAAGAAGGUGGCUCGCAGUCUGACGACAAUCCAGUGGAAAAGCCAACCUCUAAGUGCUAUGACCAUUCUAAAGAAGAUGAGGUUUUUGCUGAUGACUCUACUCCUUACAGUGCAUGGUCUCCUAAAUGUUUUAGUAGCUUGACCUUCGCAAAACAUGAUUAUGUUACUCCUCAAGGAGUCCCUACAUCCAGACCUGAGAACUCUACACCUAACUGUGCAGGUUCUUCUACUCCUACCAUCACUCCUCUCAGAACAACCCCGGUCAACUUGUCUUUGACUCCAGCCUUACAGCUGGUUCAUACCAUGUGCCAACACAAAGUUCAGAUGUUUUCUGGCCAAACUCCAAGCCUGAAGGAAGAGCUGAAGUCAACCAUGGCUCUGGCUAAGACUCCGCUUGCCUUCGGGACCACAAUGCCAUUGGCAGGGCUGAUAGGCAGGAAGAUGGGCCUGGGGAAGGUGGACAUUCUGACUGAGCUGAAGAAGAGAAAUCUCAAGCACAUCCUGGAUAUUAUAUUCAGCGUUUUGAACUCCGAGUGUGUCUACAGGUGUGGUCUUGUGUGCAAAAGUUGGAAUGAAAUUAUUCUGCAGAACCAUCAGGCUAACCUGAGGAGGACAGAAUACCUGAGUGAGGUAGAAGCUGUGCUCGAGGGUGGUGGUGCUGUUCAAGUCUGUGAUGCAGAGACCAGAGUUACUCUGUCCAAACGGUCGGCUUUAAAGACCGUUCAGGCCCGGUCCAGAACCUCCAGUUUCUGCACCCCACUGUCUGCAAAUAGCACUUUCACCCCAUUACAGCACAGCAACAGCAAGCGGGAUAAAUUUCUGGAGGUUGCUAAAACCCUCUUCAUCGAUGAGUGCCUCAAGGCUUGUCCGAGAUGUCAGGAUCCAGCAAGGUGCCAUUCAGUGAAGGGGGAGGGAGUGUGCAGCCGGCCUGACUGUGGCUUUCAGUUCUGUGUUUCAUGCUUGUGUGCCUUUCAUGGCUCCAGGGAGUGUGGAAGUCGGUCCGGAGGCCGACGCAAGAAGGACAGUUUGCUCCCAGGAAGCGCUCAAAGCAAGCGGAACAUUAGGAGACUGUGA